AAUAACUUCGUUCCCCACUUGUGGGGUUUGUCCUUCAUAAAAACGCGGGUACCGUUGAACUUGGAGUGCGAUGGCAACAUGCCUUCGUCGAAUGAAAGUACACCACCCGGGACAUAUCCACUUUUAAACGUCCUUUGCAGUACAUCUAGGAUGGGGCGAAUUUUCCAAGCCCUGUCCAAACCAGCUCAGGGGUCCUUGUUGUCGCUAAAGUGA